UCCUUACCUCUUUUCCCACAAUGCAAUAGUCAUGUAAACAAAGGACAACGACAGGAAGGGAGACUGAAAAGUUCUAGCUAGAUAGCUAGCAUUAGCUAAGUAUAGCUACAAAUGUGCAACUUAUUAGCUACAGCAGUUCUGCAAGGAAUAUUAAAACAAAUAUAUAUAACGUUAUUUAGCUAGCUUCCUAACCAGUUAGACAUAGUUUGUAUUGCUUUUUCUACAUUGUAUCGUGUGGGAUCUCUAAAGCCAGUUAGCUAGCUAGAUGCCUGGCUAGCAGCCUGUCAGAAGCUAGCUAACGUCGUUAGGCAGUAACGUUAGCUGUCAAAACCAAGCCAAGUGCUUUGAUUUCCCAGCGAACUCAAAAUGCAUCGAUCUUGACAGUUUACUGGGAAAACCGUUUUUAACAGAAGAUGACAGGGAUGACUGCUUUUGAAGGACAACCUUUGUGGCCAUCCACACAUCUAUGAGAUCCCCACAUGUCUGAGGGACUUCCAAAAUGAAGAAAAUUAGUCUGAAAACAAUACGAAAGUCAUUCAACCUAAAAGGCAAAGAGGAGGGAGAGGAUGUUGUACCACAGCCAAAUUCAGAUACCAACUUUUCAACAGAUUCAAUGUUUGGAAAAUGUUACAGCAAAGAACUUGUUUGUAACGAUUUUGAUCACGAGGAGAAGAAAGGCCGUAAGAACGGCUCAAAAAGUGAGAGUCUUAUGGGAUCACUGAAAAGGAGGCUUUCGGCAAAACAGAAAAGUAAAAUAAAAGAAAGUUCCACAUCCGUAACCUGUGAAGAUGACACAUUCUCGUGCUCCUCAGCACCCAUUUUCUUUAACGACGUAAAAUCACAGCACCAUCUAAGAUCUAGUAGUCACCAUUAUAGCCCCACGCCAUGGGCCCUCAGGGCAGCGAAUUCUGAGGAAACAUGCCUUAGAAUGGAUGGGAAAGUGAAAGCUAUGAUACACUCAUCAGACCCCAGCCCAUCUCUUUAUGGCAUUCAGAAAGUAUUCCCUGACCCCCAGAUGGAUAGGCCUUUUCAGGAUUCAUCUGAGAGCACUGAGCCUCAGAAUUGUGAUUUGCAUCUAGAUAUUGAUGUUGAAAAUGUGCCUGCGAUUAUUGGACUAUCACCUCAGAACUAUAUUCACUAUGCAAUGCCUUUAGAUGAUGACCUUGAAAAAGGCUUGGAUAAUUCCUCUCCAAUAGAUGAGGUGCCUCAGCCCGAGGGCUUCCCUCCUCAUGCAGCGGAAGACCCCAUUGACCAGGAGGAGCUGAUGUCACCAGACAUAUUCAUGGACCCAUCAGUGAAUAGACUGCUCUAUGAAUCUGCAGGUGUCUUUAUUCCAAACUCUAGAAUAGAUUCUCCUCUCUCCCCUUUGCUACCUCAGCUACCUGGCAGUCACAUCCGAAGGAGUUUCCAAGUAUAUGGUGGUUCUUCUCAUUCGCAUGGUGCAGAGAGAGUAAUGCACCAUCUCAACUUUGAUCCCAAUUCAGCCCCUGGCGUUGGCAGGGUUUAUGAUGCUGUUCAGCACAGCGGGCCCAUGAUUGUAACCAGCCUUACAGUAGAGCUAAAGAAACUGGCCAAGCAGGGUUGGUACUGGGGUCCUAUAACGCGUUGGGAAGCUGAGGAAAAACUUGCUAGCCUACCAGAUGGGUCAUUCUUGGUGCGAGACAGCUCCGAUGAUCGUUAUCUUUUGAGCUUGAGCUUUCGGUCACAGGGUAAGACCCUCCACACCAGGAUCGAACACUCCAAUGGCAGUUUCAGUUUCUACGAACAGCCAGAUGUGGAGGGUCACAUAUCAAUAGUGGAACUCAUUGAACAUUCCAUCAGAGAUUCUGAGAGUGGAGCCUUCUGCUAUUCACGAUCUCGUACACCAGGGACUGCCACGUAUCCUGUCAGACUGACAAACCCUAUCUCAAGGUUUAUGCAGGUGCGUUCCAUGCAGUACCUCUGUCGGUUUGUCAUCCGUCAGUACACACGGAUUGACCUUAUCCAGAAAUUGCCUUUGCCAAACAAGAUGAAAGAUUACUUGCAGGAAAAGCACUACUGAAGAAGAUCAAUGAAACCCAGUUGGACUUUCUUGCACAUUUUAGAUCAGCAACAUAAUGAAAUAGGCCUAGUUUUUAAUCUUUUGGACAUGACCCUAAUCCAGUGAUGUGUCCACCAGCUAAUGCCAGUAACUGACAUGUCUUGUGAGCCAUACAGUUAUACUCCCCACCUCAAAGCCAAGGAUUGAAGCUGAAUCUUGAUCAGCUUUUUGUUACAUUGAAUUAUUUCUGUAAAUUCUGUUUUGAUAGACCAAGUGUUUUGUUAUAUAAAGCAUGUAAAAAGAAAGAAUUUCGUACACUCAAUAUGCUCCCAACAAUUUGGGUACAACCAACAUUUCAGCACUCAGUGCUUUCUUCAGGGUGUCAGUCAGCACCUCUGCAAACAUUUUUGGGUGUGCGCCAACUCGUGUUUUUUACUAGACUGUCAUAUAAAGCACAUACAUUAUCUAAUCAUUACUACACUCAGCUUUUCCUCAUUAUCCUAUGUGGUUUGUUGUCCUACAUUAAAAGAGUUUUUGUUAGGGGUCUGUAGCUAGUAUGAUUUUGAUACCUGAAAGUCGCCUCUGCUGAGUCUUUAAAAGUUUUUUAUUUUGCCUCAUUGAUGGUUACUCAUUGCAUGUGAAUUACGUUGCGUAUAUGGAGAACUAAUAUUUGAUCACCACACACCUGAAGCUGAUUUGGGAGAACUAAUCGGCAUUGACUGUUUAUAACCAUAUAGGGAUAAUGGCUUGUUUUUGUAGCCUUAACUUGACUGUUUGCCUGUCACUAAGUAUAAGGAAAAUUGCUUCACCUUGUUACUUUCCAGAUCAUGAGUUGCUACCUAUGGUAAAAUACUUGGUAUCACCUAAACAUACUUUUAUGAACGGCUGGCUGUACACCGUUUUUAUUGCACAUCUUGAAUGCAGUUAAAGGAGGGGUGUUUAUUACUGUUAAUAAAAUACUUAUUCAC